ACACAGUGACCAUUAGAACCAGGAAGUUCAUGACAAACAGACUGCUUCAGCGCAAGCAGAUGGUGAUUGAUGUUCUUCAUCCUGGGAAGGCCACAGUCCCCAAAACAGAAAUCAGGGAAAAGCUGGCAAAAAUGUACAAGACGACCCCUGAUGUAAUUUUCGUCUUCGGCUUCAGAACUCAUUUUGGUGGUGGCAAGACAACAGGUUUUGGCAUGAUCUAUGAUUCUCUGGACUAUGCAAAGAAAAACGAACCAAAGCACAGGCUUGCCAGGCACGGAUUGUAUGAGAAGAAGAAGACUUCUAGGAAGCAGCGAAAGGAGCGUAAGAACAGAAUGAAGAAAGUCAGGGGCACUGCCAAGGCAAAUGUUGGUGCUGGCAAGAAGGUAGGAUGAGAAUAUCUGUAGGCUAGAGUGAGUGUGUUGCCUUUGAAACAUUGAUUAGAAGUUCUUCAACAGAGUAACAUUGUUUUUCUUCCAUUUCUUUCAUCUAUUCUACUGGAUAACAGAAGGUAAUCUGUGUGGUGUUGUAUAGCUUCUUACCAGCUCAGUAGCUUAGUUUUGCUCCUCACUGCUGUAAGCUUAGCUGAUAUAAUGUGAAACAAUAUUUCUUAAAUGAUUGUUGCCUUUGUGUCACUUGAACUAAAGGACAGCUUCUGUAAAUCUAACAGUAUUG